GAGCGUAACCCACCGAUUUUCCCAUAUGUCUAAGCGCGCCACAACGCGUCCACGCGAAUCUACACCAUGAAGCACAAAUUGUAAACAUCCGCUGCUAGCGCAUAAUAUUCGCAUGAACUUGCGUAAGUCUAUGCGGCGUCCGCCGUAUAAAAUACGCCUUCAUGGGAAGAUAUCUUCAGUACAAACGAACGAGCACAUCUGAAGUGAAUUCAUUAUGAGAUAUUAUUUGUUCUUAUUGGUAAUCGCGAUUUGCGAGGCGAGGAUAAUAAAAAGAGGUAUAGAUUACACAAAUCUUCAGACGGUUUAUCACGGCCAUGGCGCUACCAGUUAUCAAAAUGUACAGAUCGAUAAUCACAAUAGUAUAAUAAUACCCGCGAACUACAGAGACCAAGCGGAGAUUGCGGAUUUGGGGCACCAUGCAUAUUAUCAACCAAUUAUUCAAUUCGUGGAGACUCACAACGAUAUAGAUGACAUCUCUCAUUCAGAUAUAUCUUAUUCAGCUCCAUAUGAAGAAUUUAUUAUCGCUGAUGUCAAUUCAGAUGUAUACGAACAUUAUUUUAAUCACGACGACGAGACACAUGAUUAUGAUCUCCACAUCUAUGAAUAAUGAUAAUUAAGAAAAUAUGUAUUUAUAGAAUAUAUUAAAAUACUAUUUCUUUCGAAGUGAUUAAUUAUAGAAUUAAUUCUAACCAAUAAAAUAUCUCAGGUAUUGAACUGGUUCAUUCCAUUGUUUAUGAUAAUAAAAUUAAAUAAAUUAUUAUGUUUCAUGU